AUGACCUCAGCCAUCCCCAGAGCAGUGUCCUGCGAGUUUCGGCCACAGUGCGUGGCCAACAGCGCCUGGAGCUUCGUCACGUUGAGCCGCUCGAGGGGCCAAAGCCAGCUGUGGGAUGCCUUGGCCCAGCAGGUGGAGCAUGUCUUUGCGGAAGGAAAGCAGGACGAAUCCUGGGAGUCCUGGGAACUGGAGAAAUAUGAGGAGCCCCAGCACCUUGCCAACACUUUGUGGGGCUUUGGCAAAGUGAGCUAUGGAGGUGGGAAGGCCAUCGCAGUGCUGCUGGAACAAACCCGGAAGGAGCAAAUUGGGCAGAUUAUCGAGGCGAUUGGGGCCCACAGCAUCCCCAAGAUGGCCCAGCUUCGAGACCAAGAACUGGCGCUUGACAAUGAGUUGAACAGGUUUGCUGCUCACUUUGAGCAGAUCAUCCAGCAAUGGCAAUCCCCACGGUGGGAGUGCAGUUUUCAGCUUUGUCAUGCCGCCUUACUGACUUUGGAUCGUCCCUUGAUGACCGCGGCAGCGCGAUGCGGAGCGCAAAAUCUGCGCAGAGGUCAGGAGCUGUCGAGCAUUUUGUGGAGCUUCGCUUCCUUCGUCGUGGUGCAGCGGCCGCUGGUGACCACUUUCUCUGAGACGAUCGAUGAGUUCAGCCCACAGAGCCUGAUGAUGACCGCGUGGUCACUGUCCACUCUUGGUAUGUCAGGCCACACUUCAGCCAUGGUCCACGGUGUCUCCACAGCCCCAGGCUGGCAGAGUUCAACGAGCUAUGGCCACGCCGACGAAACUUUCGAUGCUUCACCAGCUGUGAGUUUUCGUUCGGUCGACAAUCAGAUUGGGAGCAUCCUUUGGUCCAUCGCUUCCUGUCCUGUGGAGGAGGAAGAAGAAUUGGAGCGGAAGCGCUACCUGGUGUCGCUGUCCUCGGCGCCGGUGCUACAUCCCCUGGGACAGUGGAGAGGUCACAAGCUAUGCUUGUUGGCCAAUGGGCUUUUUCAGGUCAAAGACGAGUUGCCAGAGAUCUGGCAGCAGGUGGAGACACGUUGGAUGACAGAACUUGUGGCCCUCAAGCAUUUGCUUUCUCACGCUGUGGAACACGCACAAGACGCGGACAGGUAUCGGGAGAGGAUCCAAUCCACCGAGUUGUUUCACGUGGGACCUUUCUACACCCGGCCUUUGCUGGAUUUGCUCCAGAUCAAAGAGGCCGCGCCGGAGUUUGUGGCAUCAGCACGGUGGCAUCUCCAGCAGCGAGAGGUGGCGAGAGGUGUUGCGUGUUUCGCACGUUUUGAUGUGGCAGCGAAUGGAAGAGGAUUCGUUGAUCAUGGUGUUUUCAUCACGAGAGAUCACGAGGCUCUGGAUGCCAACCAUCUUCACUUGAUCUCUGUGGCCCUCAACCACGAUCGAUCUGGGCAUGCUGAGCUAAAGGCCAUGCGCUGGCUCCUGCAGACUUUGGAGGCCGAUGUUCCUCUCCACGAUACUUCAGCCCGUUCGGAGGUCUUCGGCCACAUGUCUUUACAUGUGACCCACUAUCCUUGCCUGUCUUGUCUGGGUGCCCUGGCGCAGCUACGCGGCCUCUUACCGCGGCUGGAGCUUUUCCUGUCCUUUGACUGGACCCCAGGUGCAGCAAGAGGAUCCUGA